CCGCCCUCAGGAAGGUAGAAGGAGGGGAACCGUGGCUUCUUACUAUGUCCCUUGCUUCGGGCGCUGGCCCCCAGUUGUUACUCUUUUCUCUAGGAAUGGGACUGGUAUCAGGGUCCAACUGCCCAGUCAAUUGUCUGUGUCAAGCCCAAGAAGUAUCUUGCACAGGUAUGCAGCUAAUGGAAUACCCACUGAACAUUCCUCUCAACACCCGGAGGCUACUCCUGAGCAAUAACAAAAUCGCUAGCUUACCAGCUCUGCAGCUAGGAUUCCUCAGUGACCUUGUUUACCUGGACUGCCAGAACAACCGGAUUCGAGAGCUAAUGGAUUACACCUUCAUCGGGGUCUUCAAACUCAUCUACCUUGACCUCAGCUCCAACAACCUAACCUCCAUCUCCCCUUUCAGCUUCUCGGUGCUCACCAACCUGGUGCGGCUGAACAUUUCCAACAACCCUCACCUGUUGUCCCUUGACAAAUACACCUUUGCCAAUACCACCUCUCUGAGGUACCUGGACCUCAGGAACACCGGAUUGCGGACCAUUGAUCACGAGGCCUUGCACCACCUGGUGGCACUCCAGACCCUGUAUCUAAGUGGAAACCCCUGGAAGUGCAACUGUUCUUUCCUGAACUUCGCCAUUUACUUAUUAGUGUCCAAAUUGGACCACCCAGAUGGCCAGAAUGCCACGUGCACGGAGCCCACUGAGCUGUCGGGGUGGCCCAUCACACGGGUGGGGAACCCUCUCCAGUACAUGUGCAUCACACACCUGGACCGCCAAGACUACAUCUUCCUACUGCUCAUCGGCUUCUGCAUCUUCGCUGCCGGCACCGUGGCUGCCUGGCUCACAGGUGUGUGUGCUGUGCUAUACCAGAACGCCCAUCGAAAGUCGAAUGGUGAUGACACCGAAGAUGAGUCGGGGAAUCGGGUCACCGACCAGAUUUUUCGAAGCAACUCUUACUUCGGCCAGAGCCGAUUCCCUCAGCUGACCUAGCUGUCGGACAGUACUACCAAUUGUGCCUUUCCUGGUCCGGUUCCCUGCUUUCUCUCUUGCCCUCCCAUCUUACCACCACUGUCUUAGACAUUGGAGACUUCCAGUAAAAUAAAAAUAUAUUUAUUGGGUGGUCAUUUCUGAGGCUGGUCCCUUCCUGCUCCACCAGCCCACACCUACUUCCUUGAGCUCAGCAGACAAACAAAGUCCAGAAAAGUUGUUGGAUUCAUCUAAAUACCAAGGAAGUCCACCCUAAAAGCAA